AGAUGACACAUGCUACUGACACCCAUCAAAACAUAAACAGAGCACGGUGGUUGAGCUCGACACCUACAUCUGUUAGGUGCUGUGAUCGUAAUGGGCCGAUGUCGUCUGUUUUAAGUACAGAAGACAGCUCCAAAGAGUCCGUCAGAAUUAGAAACUAGGGAAAGAGAUACUCCGACAUGAUGGCCAGCAAAGAGGACAGUUCCACACGCUUAACUGGCUCGGAAAGUUCCGAUUCCAGGAAGGGGAGGGGGGCACAGCAGGACGGGAGAAUGACAGGAUCCGACACAGUGCUCAGUCCUUGUCCCGAGGAAGAGGAAGAGGAUGCAGACAGCAUGGAGGGAAGUGAACCAUAUUGCCUAGCAGAGGAGGAAGAAGAUGAUGGGGAAAGUGGAAUGGAAAGGAGGAUGGACGAGAGAGAAGAGAGUCGAGCGAGGGAGAGCAGGAAGAGGCGGAGGGAGCGGGAGCCAUCGGAAGGCAGGGCUACCCUCAGCUCCUCCAGCUCAGAUGAGGAGGAGGAGGCGGAGGAGGAGAACGAGGUGGAGGAGGAUGAGCGAGAGGUGGAGGCAUGGCUGGCGGCGGACCUGCGGGAUCUGGCAGCCCCUGGCUGGAGGGCAGUGCCAUCCCUCCGUCAGCGGGAGAUAGGGUGGGGGGCGCAGUUUGUGCGGAGGGCGUGUGGGGCGCGGGGGCUUGUGCAGCGGCUGGAGCUGCAGGGCAGCCUGGAACAGCACACGGGCUGCGUCAACACUCUGCACUUCAACCCGUCAGGCACGUGCCUGGCCUCCGGCAGCGACGACCUGCGUGUGGUGCUGUGGGACUGGGCCCGGCGCCGAGUCCAGCUGGAGUUUGACAGUGGCCAUAAGAGCAACGUUUUUCAGGCAAAGUUCCUGCCCCACAGCGGAGACUCCACCCUGGCCAUGUGCGCACGGGACGGCCAGAUCAGAGUGGCCGAGCUGUCGGCCACUCAGCGCUGCAAGAGCACCAAGAGGGUCGCCCAGCACAAGGGUGCUGCCCAUAAGCUGGCCCUGGAGCCCGACUCCCCCUGCACCUUUCUGUCUGCCGGGGAGGACGCGGUCGUGUUCGGAAUCGACCUGCGGCUUGACCGGCCCGCCACUAAAAUAGUGUUGGUGAAGGACAGCAAUAGGAACAUUGGCCUCUACACCAUUUUUGUCAACCCUGCCAACGUGCACCAGUUCGCUGUGGGUGGGAGAGACCAGUAUGUCAGGAUCUACGACCGGAGAAAGAUCAACGAGAGUGACAAUUACGGGGUGUUGAAGAAAUUCUGCCCAUCCCAUCUUGUCUCCAGCGAAACCAAAACCAACAUCACCUGCUUGGUGUACAGUCACAAUGGCACAGAGCUGUUAGCCAGCUACAAUGAUGAGGACAUCUACCUGUUUGAUGCCAGCCUCCCUGAUGGGGCAGAAUACAGCCGGAGGUACAAAGGCCAUCGCAACGAUGUCACGGUGAAGGGUGUGAAUUUCUACGGCCCCUGCAGCGAGUUUGUGGUCAGCGGCAGUGACUGUGGGCACAUCUACCUGUGGGAUAAAUACUCGUCCCGCAUCAUACAGUUCAUGAAGGGGGACAGAGGAGGAGUGGUAAACUGCCUGGAGCCCCACCCCUGCCUGCCAAUGCUGGCCACCAGUGGCCUGGAUCAUGAUGUUAAACUGUGGGCCCCGACCGCCGAGGUGCCAACCAUACUGAAGGGCCUUAAAGAAGUAAUAAAGAAAAACAAGAGAGAGCGAGAUGAAGACAGCAUGCGGUAUGGAUAUCGGUAUGACACUCAGCUGCUCUGGUUCCUUAUGAGGCACAGGAGGCUGCAGAGGAGUCGGAGGACUGAGGGAGAGGUAGAUGAGUCCUGGAGUUCAGCCGACUCCUCAAACGAAGAGGACAUGGGACCGGACAGCAUGCAAUGCAUGUCCUCCUGAGUAGGAAGCAGAACAACUCUUAUGGACACACACACACACACACACACACACACACACACAAACUUGUGUCCUAAUACUAGCAAGCACAGCUGACUGACCUACACAAAACAGAUUCUGUGGAUGCAUAUAUGUUAUUUUGCGGAAAUGCUGUUACAUGCUUAAGCGCUACCUGCCACACUUGCACGUAAUAAUGUUGACAGAGGCACACAGCCAGAACUGACUUAUUUGAGACCCUGAGUGAUUCACAGCCAGGUCAAGCCGGCCAUUUUACAGUCAGGUGAUUUGGUUUUUGGAUAUUGGUGAUUUCUAAUAAUCACAGCCAAUUCCAAGGUAAGCCUGCCUACGGGGGCUUGGCCAGACACACAUGCACAAACUUUGCUCUGUCUGUGCACAUCAUUCUAUCACCCCCUACAGAGGUUAGAAGCCUUCCUGUUAACA